AAAGGAACCUUCUUUGACGAGUUCAAGUUUGAGGACUCCCCGGAGUAUUCUGUCUCGCUGCAGAAGGUGUUGCUGAAUGGAAAAGACAUUCUCGCCCUCCGACAGGAAGAUCUCGAAAGGAUGUCUAUUGAUGAGGCGAAGAACCUGCUGUUCCAGAUUCAUUUUGAAGGGAAUCUACGGAAGAAGGGAUUUCGCGGUCUGCAAAUGUGGAAGCGCCGCUAUUUCCGGAUUCUUGGUUCUACACUUAUCUACUUUGACGUGAAUAACCUCAAAGUGGCUCGUCGAACGAGCGAAAUUACCGCCGAUGGCAAAGUGAUGGUAGAGAAUAUCCCCGACCAUCCGUAUGCCUUUUCAAUCAUACCGAACAAAUCCGAGCGUCUCUACAACGUCGAGGCCUAUAGCACACAACAACGCGUAAUGAUCCCCUUUCUCCCUCACUCCUCGCAGGACCAGUGGAUUCGCCUGAUCUCCCUCAUCAUCGCCCUCAACCGUCGCAUCUACGCCCCCAACCCGAACUCGCGACGCUCCAUUCAUGAUAGCUUCCGCAUCUUGGACACCCUCGGCAAAGGUCGCUACGGCGUUGUGCACCUCGGCCAGCAGAUAAGCACGGGCGAAGUAUUCGCGAUCAAAGUGAUCCAUCGCGGGAACAUCGACGCAUCAGUGCUCCGUCAAGAGCUCCUCGUGCUUCGUGCGGUCAAAAACCGAAUCCACAGCGAGCACAUCGCGCGCAUCGUCGACAUCUACGAGGAUCCGCUGCUCGUGCACAUCGUGAUGGAGUAUUUGGGCGGCGGCGAUCUCUACCAUCGCGUGGCAAAAAAAGGCUGUUUUUCGGAGCGCGAGGCGGCGAACGUGAUCCGUCGGAUCGGGAGCGCGCUGGAAGAGCUGCACAAGGAGCACAUUUUUCACCUGGACGUGAAGCCGGAGAACAUAAUUUACGAGUCCAACGACUCGCAUUCGCCCAUGAAACUCGCCGAUUUCGGGUGCUCGCUGCUCAUGGAUCGCUUCAAUCGCGACACCAAGUGCGUUUCCGAGGUCGUCGGAACCGCGGGAUUUAUGGCGCCGGAAGUGAUUAGUAACUGCGCGUAUUCGGAGAAGGCCGACGUGUAUUCGCUGGGCGUGACGCUGUUUAUCUUGCUGAUGGGCUAUCCGCCGUUCUCGGGCGAGACGCAGAGCGAGCUGCUGCAUCAGACGGUGCAUGAUCGCGUCAAGUACGAAGAGAAGGACUGGGAGGCCGUGUCGAGAGACGCGUUGAUUCUGGUGAAGAAUAUGCUGUGUAAAAACCCGAACGAACGAAUUAGCAUGCGCGAAGUGUUGACAUUUCCGUGGGUCACCAAUCCACCGGCGUCGGUAGGAGAGGAGGAUGGAGAUGAGAAGUAG